AUGGAUUGGCUACUGGAACUACCCAGCGAUUUGCAGCAUCAAAUUACUACAAUCACGCAGCAAAAUCCUCAAUCUCAACAGGUAUUUUCAGAAUUAUACACCUUUUUAACUGACAACAAACGGAGGAAAACUGAUGCUGCUGCAGAGAAUAAUGGCAAUGGUACUGGCGGAUAUGAAGAAUUGACACCAUCCUCCUCAGUUCAUCCGGAAUCCGUCAUAUUUGAAAUUCAACAAGUGUCGUUUUCGUCACCGAUUCGUAAACGAAUGAAUCUUACUUUCCAUUUAAUUGAACAGAAUGGUCAGGCAUUGCCAGUGAUGUCCAUAGUUAAUCCAGCUAAUGAUUCUCCGGAGUUGUCCUUUAUUAAUCUAAAACAUGCUAUCAAAUUGUGUCUUAUAUUGCCAAUAUUGGGCAAUUCAACAAACUCGCAAAAGAAGGGUAUUGCAUUGCUAUGUUUUUGGAUUCAUGAUCUGUACUAUAAUGAUUCUAAUGUGUCGAAAGAUCCAAUCAUUUGCCAGUUGAAUUUAGAUAUGAUUAAGAAACAAAUGAUUAAAAAUGGUAAAUUACCAGCCGAUAUUGAAAGCCAAUUUGACUUGUCCACCUACAAGAACGAUGUUGUGUUGAAUCCAAUACAGGAAAGAAUCAUUGAUUAUUUUAGACGCCAGUUUCAAUUAAUUGGAAUCAAUUUGGUCAAUUACUUACCUUGUCCCACUAUAUUCAAAAAUAAAUAUAUCGUAAAUGAGGAUACCGCAGUGGCAUUAACUGGUGAGAGAAGUAUCAAUCCUACUAUUAUAAUGGUUGAAUGUCACAAGGGAGCAAGAGAUGGCAACUUGAUCUUGUUGGAACAAAAUGAAUAUAAUCCUGCUUAUCUCAUUUUUGCAUUUAAAAAGCCAAUCUUAGUGUUUAAGUUGUCAAGGGUGUUACGCGCCAGUUACACAAGUAUAACUAAGCAUACAUUCAGUUUGAAUGUUGAUGUUCUCAACGACAGGGAUGAGGAAAGACAGCUUGAGUUUAGUAUGGUUGAUCAAGCUUAUUUCCAAAUCAUUGAUAAUUUCAUAAGACUUCAUGGGAUCAGCGACGACUCGUUUAAUGAUAGCAACAAAGAAAAAGAAACAGGUAAACCUAGUACAGGUGGUGGUGCUUCUGGAGAUGCAAAUGCUGUUACUGGCUCUGCUGCUGCUGGUGACGACGACGAUGAUGACGAGGAGGACGCAGACUUCGAAGGUAAUGAAGAAGGCAGUGAUGUUGCAGAAGAAUAUGAUAGUGCUGCAGAAAGUGCUGGUGAAGAUACACCAGACCACGAGGGAGAUGGCAAAAGUGAUGAUGUAUUUACUAAAUCGAAAGAAGAAUAA